GCUGAUGAUAAAGAAUGUAAAGGUGCAGACGUUACAGGAGCACCGAACAAAAUAAUGCAAAUGUAUUCAGCCAAGGACUUAAAACACGCUGCUUUGUCGGCCUUUUGAUUUCUGUGCGCUAUUUUUGCAGGCCUGUAUAAAACCCACAUGCUUCCUCCUGACCUGCUCUGGCUGCCGGUGAGUGUUUGCCUCAGGUGAGAGGUCUGGUGUCAAACUGUCCGACAGCGACAAUCUUAGCUGUCAUCACAGCCGGAGCCUGAAGGUGACCACUGACGGAGAUAUGAAAUGUUCCAAACCAAGUGUGCUGAGAGUCUGAUAGACUCGCCCGCCAGCUCUGAAAUUUGAAAAACCAUUAAAAGUUCUGUGGAGUCUGGUUAACUGCCCCCCCCCCACGGGUCAUAAAUUGAUUGACGGGUUUUAAAUGUUACAGACUGAAGGCUUUCAUGGGUGAGAUUAGGUUUAAUUACGAAUCUCUUUGUGCUAAUGUGUUUUUCUAUUACUGUCAUUAAUUAUCCUUUGGUUAGCUGGGGCUCUUUGCUUUCAUGUACUCCUUUUUUCCCGACAAUAACCAAGAUUUCAAAUAUACAGACACAUUGCAUUCUGCUGUGUGCCUUGUAUAAAAAAAAAAAUGGGGAAUUUAAUUAAACACUGCUGCACAGUGUUUGUUGUUGGCUAUUUUGGAAAAAGGAACUUAAAACUUCCCUUCCUCUCAGUUCCUCCAUUCUCACCUGUGCUUUUUGUUAUAGCCCACCAUUCAUAGUUGCACCUGUUUGCCUGGAGUGAGAGUGGCGAUUUUUUCUUUUGCUCCUCUAAAGAAAACAACAUGCUGCUCACUGGCUUUUAUGUCCUGCUCUUUUUGUGCAAGAGCACAGUUGCACAAGCAACGGAGCCAUGGACUACACUGUCACCUGUAACCUACAGUGCUACUGCUACCACUACCAGGGAGACUACUACCGCUCCAACUACAGAAGUACCACUAUCGCAUCUGCAGCUGACAGCCACACCAGACUACCCGGUUGCAGCAGGUCAAAAAGUCAUCCUUUCCUGCAGCGCGCUCACCAUGCCAGACAAUGUGGUUUGGACCUGGCGACGCUCAGAAAAUAUGAACUGGACAGAAGUACAAAAGGGUAGCAGUAGUGAACUGACCCUCACCGAGCCUCAGCAGAGCGGGAUUUACCAAUGCUGCCCCGAGAGCCCAUUAUUUCAGAUUAGCAAGUGCCCGCACCACAAGGUCUACAUCGUCUCCAUUCAUGCAACAGUCGGUGAAAAUUUAGGAAUCGCUGCCUUCGUUCUCUCUUUCCUGGCCUUGAUCAUCGACUUUCUAAUUCUCUUUUGGCUGGGCUGGAAAAGACUUGCCGACCCACAGCCCACGUCCACCACUGUGGCUAAAGGUUUGCCCGGACCUGAAAAGUCACCAAAGGGAGUUGUUCCACCGGCUGAUGGUGACGGAGAUGUGUACAUGAAUUACACAAGCACCAACCAAGCCUACACUGAUCUGGACCUCACCAAUAUGACUACGGACAAUGUGUACUCAAGUCUGUCAUGAACAGGGGGCAAGGAAGGAAGGAAGGGUGGAGAAGUGCAAUAACAAGAGGAAGAAGACACGGUGGUUAUAUCUGCAUAUUGAGCUCAACAAUGCCUUUAACCUGAUGGAUGAUCUUUUGUGUUCACAGUUUGUCUAUGUGUGGAUUACCUCAAAAGCUGCUUGAUUUCAUCGAAUUUGACAAAAUAUCUGAUUGUGGUAAAACCCACAGAUCUGUGGUACUCAUGUUAAACUAUUCUCGCUAAACAGGAAGAAACGCUUCUCUCUGUGUUUGUGCAUGUUAAUUAAAUCUGUACAAUUUUCAGUACUUCA